AUCUCAUCUCCACAAAGUUACUAUUAUCCCUUCUUCAUAAAGGUAACGGUACCAUACUACUGUCGACAAUGGUGUCUAAUCAUCGUCAGUGUUACGGUCCUAGUAAGCUAUCAAUUAUACUACUAGGCUUGAUUCAGCUUGUGGCUGCUUCGACUGCUUCCAAUGGUAUCAAGUUGGUAUCAGGGGUAUCCGAAACCGAAACAGAGGGGGUAGCAUCCCGAAGAACAAACCUCCGGGGCCUUACUAGUGGCGAAAGCGAUGGGUCUUGGUGGAGAGAUCCCUACCUGGUAAAUCCAGAAGAGGAUAUUCUUGAAAGAGAAGAAAUCCUACAAAUACAGGAAUCAGCGCCAAUGAGUAGUGAUCGAACGGUGGUAGGUCCCUUUGUCGGUUCUACGGUGCACGUGGACCUGGAAAGAAACAAGAAUGCCGUACCACCACCAACACCCGAACGAUUAUCUCGGAUUAUCCAUGGCGUCGAAUCGCCCUCGCCUUAUAGUUUCUUUGCCAUGAUACUGGUUCACAGAGGCAACGACUGGAGAUGGAGUGGUUGUGGUGGCACUCUGGUAUCCAACUGUCAGAUCAUUACAGCUGCCCAUUGUGCAGAAAACCCCGACAUUAGCAUGGACGGAGUCUUUGUGAAUGCCUACAGUCCUUUCCAGGGAAACAAUAGCAAUAUCCCGUUUCAUUUCUCUCCAGUUCGACUCGUCGAGUCACACCCAGAUUAUGACCCGGCCACCAAUGAAGCUGACAUUGCCAUUAUCCAUAUGCAAGACUGUUUGGAUGUCGAACAGUUCCCACCUGCACUUCUGGCACAGGAUGGACCUGUUUAUAAUAGGCAAUACCUCCCUGCCACGGGGUCACCACCGCCACCCGUCGCCAUGGAAGUUUUGGGGUUUGGUAGCAUGUCCGACAACGCCAAUGUUCCUGCAGAUGUCCUACGACAAGUGCAGAUCCCUUUUCUGUCACGGGACGAUUGUCUCAACUACUUUUCCGAGACGGAUGUCCUCCCAGAUAUGGUCUGCGCGGGCUACGUUCUGACGGGUGGACCGGAUGCCUGUCGAGGGGACAGCGGAGGUCCGUUGAUACAUUAUCCCAUGGAAACUGUUACGGAUUCGUCAGGCACCGUGAUUGAGACCAAGGUGGUACCACGGCUGGUAGGGGUUAUCAGUUGGGGAGUGGGCUGUGGGCGACGCGAUUUUCCUGGGGUAUACAUCUACAUACCACACUAUCGAGACUUCAUUUGGGAUCGUAUCUGCCCUCGCGCCUCCUUCCCAUUGACUCGGCCAUGGUGCAAUGAUGAAACGGCCUUUGUUCGGCCAAGUUCGACAGCGUCAAUUGCCACAUCAACCACCGAUUCCUCACCAGGUACUGCCUCCAGUGGCACUCGGACUAUUUGCAAGCUUGACCGGGCAAUCUGCUUAGAAGAUGGAGAUUGCUGCUCCAACUCUUGUAGAAGUUUUGAGAAAGUGAGCUAUAAAGUCUGCUCCGAUGGAGCCCGGCAAGAUGAAGUUGGAGACCCUUUGGAGAUUCCACAAAAGCUAGGGGGAGCAGCUGGUAUUCGAAGACAUGAAGUACCUUGAUUGCUAAGUCAUCCAGUCUGCACUCUUGCACUUGACUAGAGUACUAUAUCAAUACGACCGGUUGCCCGCUUCUUCUUACCAUGACUUAUACCAGGCAGUAGUUCGCAAUGCACUUGUUCUAGAAUGGGGUUGAUAAAAGUUGGACUACUAGUAUGCAUAUGGAGUGCACCGAGUAUGCACAAUUGGUAUCCUUGGAAUGUUGCCUAGCUAGUAGCUAGCAUGCUAAAAGAAACUGUAGCCAAGAGUUUGGGUUUCC